GUGGAUCUGGGAGGAGAAGACCCAAGGCACUAUACGGGAAACAUCACCUAUACGAACAUUACAAAGGAGGGAUAUUGGCAGUUUACACUUGACAAGAGAAUUCUGUUGUAGCAGCUGCCAAGCUAUUGCUGAUACUGGGAUGUCUCUUAUUGUUGGUCCGACAUCACAGAUCAAUAUUUUGCAACAGUACAUAGGAGCUGAGAAUAUUGGCAGACAAUAUACUGUUGACUGCAAUGCUAUUGACUCUCUGCCAAACAUCACGUUUACUAUUGCAGGCGGGAGAUUUAGUCUCACUGGCGAACAGUAUAUACUGAAGAUAAAAUCAAUGGAUGCUACUCUGUGUCUAAGUGGGUUCCAAGGAAUGGAUUUCCAGCAGGAGAACUGUGGAUUUUGGGUGAUGUCUUCAUUAACCAGUACUACACCAUAUUUGAUCUUGACAACAAGAGAGUCGGAUUUGCUGACUCAAAGUGAACUCUAGAUGUGAUGAAUAGAAAUUUGUGCAUCCAGAUUAAUUAAUAUAUGUUAGUGUGAGUGAGUGGCUGCCAAGUGCUAUUUGUUGAGUACGUAUCUCAGUGAGGUUGUCAUGUUCAAUACAUUGAUGUAUACUACAUAAUCAGAAACAGAAUUGUGUAUCAUUCAAUUGUUUGUUGUGAACAAGAU